AUCUUUCUUUACUCCAAACUGUUUAGAGUCUGCCUCUGCUUUCACCGAUUUAGGCUUUCGAAGCUACUUAGAGGGAGAGGAGCUUUCCGCUUUGCACCGAUCAGGCACAUUCCACGUGGCUUGCGUGCAUUCACGUGCCGCGCGAAACUCCGUUUGAGCGCAUACUGUGGGGCAGCGAGACUCGGACGCUCAACUCAUUUGUUACCAACUAUCAACUAGUCCCCAUCUCCUUUCCAUCCUCUUCGUCCUCGACGACAACGGCGACGAUCAUGUCUGACCUCUGGAGCCAUCGACGGCGGAACACUCAGUCUUCCGUCCUCGACGAAGCCUCCCGGCAAUACCUCGAUGUUCCCCCGCCCUCUCCUCGUCAUCGUGGACGGAGCCAGUUUAGAAUGGAGAGCGACGCAUCCGAGCUGGCGGACCGCUCAUGGGAGUCUUCAUCUAGCUCCAGUCCACCAUCUUCUGCCUCCAGAAUUAUAUCCACCAUGAGGAGAUCACUUUCGUACAGCGGAACACAAAAGAAACGCAGUUCAAGUCUAGCAAACAUUGGGAUGCACUCAACGCCUGAGGAAAGUCUCCCGCCAUCACCGUCUGCGGUCAAUGCAUAUGAUAUGCGGAAUGUCCGUCCAACAGUAGAACAGAUCGCUAUGGGCCUGCACAUAUCAAGAACGCCUCAUCUCGUGCCUUUGCACGCAAAUGGUUCACGAUACCGUAGACGAGAAACAGCGGACAAUUCUAGAAGUCCAUCUGAAGUUCCGUCUACACCAACAGGACAAUUUCCGCAGACAUUACCACAUCAAAGGCGAGGCUCUGCACCACCGCUCAUGUUGCCCCCACCGCCGCCACGUUCGUCCCUUAAAAUCCCAGGCUCUCGCUCGCCUCGUAGUGAUGCGACGUCACCUAUACCCCUAACUCCAUCAGCGUCGGAUGCGUCCUUAUCGAGCCUCACGUCUGCCGCACCGUCGACCCCACGCUCCAACAGGAGCACAUCAACUGCGCACUUUUCGACAAGAUUGCAGUUGAGCAUGUCGAAGUUCUGGCCUGGUAGGAAGAGUUCUGCUCCUAGCAGCCCCACUAUUAUCAGGUCAUCGGACGAUGACUCGGUGUCGUCUGUCCUUACGCCACGAAAGGCCGUGAGGUUCUCGCCAGGUGUGGGAGUGGAUAAUUCGUGAUCAUGACCCGUGCGUGACUGUAAAAACAUCUAUCUAGGUUAGGAUCAUUUCAGCUUGGGUAUUAGGUAUACAUUACAUUUCUCUCCUUUCGGCAUUCAUCAUUCUCUUAUUUGUACUUUUUUUGUUUCAACAGUCAACACUCCUAUUUUAUUCGUCAUUGUCUUCACAUGCAUUCGCAAUACAUUCAUUCUGCAACGUUC